CUUCCUCCCCUAAACUGCUACCUCUUACUACCUUUCGCGCUCUCUCUCCUCCCAUUUUAUUUCCUCCUGUCAACCCCCCCCCCCUUAUUAGCUCUCGCUCACCUCUGUCAGUAUUCCUCCCUACCUGUCUGAACAGGGAGCAGUGGGGCAGAGGAGAAAGAGAGGAAAUAAAGGGAGAUGAGGAGAGAAGGAGUAGGAACAAAGGAGCAGGAACAAAGGACAAAACAGGAAAGACGAGUGUGGACGAACGGAGGGUUACAGAGGAGUAGAGGGUGUGUAAGAGAAGCGUUCUGGCUGCGUGUGAAGAGGUUGCUCUGUUUUUGUCCUCCGUUGGAAAACAUUUCCCCUAUUGGUGUGGUGUUGGCUUGGUAUGGAUGCUAUCAUGCUGCAGGAGAAACUGGUGGAACGCUUGCUUUGCCCUCGAGUCAGAACCUCCAGGCAGAAGGAGAAGCAGUAUGUGGGUUUUGCUACCCUCCCUAACCAGGUGCACAGGAAGUCAGUGAAAAAGGGAUUUGACUUCACCCUCAUGGUCGCCGGAGAGUCUGGUAUGGGUAAAUCUACUCUGGUCAACAGCCUGUUCCUCACAGACCUGUACAAGGACAGGAAACUUCUCAAUGCUGAGGAGCGUAUCAACCAGACAGUAGAGAUCAUUAAGCACACAGUGGACAUUGAGGAGAAAGGAGUGAAGCUGAAGCUGACCAUUGUAGACACGCCGGGCUUUGGAGACGCUGUCAACAACAAUGAAUGCUGGAAGCCCAUCACCGACUACAUUGACCAGCAGUUUGAGCAGUACUUCAGGGACGAGAGUGGACUGAACAGGAAGAACAUCCAGGACAACAGAGUCCACUGCUGCCUCUACUUCAUACCUCCAUUUGGACAUGGACUGCGUCCAGUAGAUGUGGAGUUUAUGAAGGCUCUCCAUGAGAAGGUGAACGUGGUUCCUCUCAUCGCCAAGGCUGACUGUCUCACUCCCAGCGAGAUCAAGAAACUCAAAGACAGGGUCCGUGAUGAGAUUGAGAGGUUUGGCAUUAAGGUGUACCAGUUCCCAGAGUGUGACUCUGAUGAGGACGAGGAGUUUAAACAACUGGACAAAGAACUGAAGGAGUGCUGUCCGUUUGCAGUGAUUGGCAGUAACACUGUGGUUGAGGCCAGGGGCCAGAGAGUAAGAGGGAGACUUUACCCAUGGGGCAUUGUGGAAGUGGAGAACCAGUCUCACUGUGACUUUGUGAAGCUGAGGAACAUAUUGAUCCGCUCCCACAUGCACGACCUCAAAGAUGUGACCUGUGACGUGCACUAUGAGAACUACAGAGCGCAGUGUAUACAGGACAUGACCAGUAAACUGACGCAGGACAACCGAAUGGAGAGCCCGAUCCCCAUGUUGCCCCUGCCCACCCCCGACGUGGAGACCGAUAGACUCAUCAAGAUGAAAGAUGAAGAGUUGGCGAGGAUGCAGGAGAUGCUGAAUAAGAUGCAGCAGCAGAUCCAUGAUGGGAAGGACCAGUGAGCGCCUCCCUGGCAGACCAAGACUACAGCCCCAUCUGCUGGCCAGCCACUGAUUUACAUCCACAACUUCAGACGAACAAAUGGAAAAAGUACCAUACAUACCAACAUGUUAUUUACUGAUAUAAUCAGCAUUGUGUUGGGGGGGGAACAGUUGCUGUAUAUUCAUUGGUCAUGGAUUGGUGUGGAUUUAGUUUUUUACUGUACCUGGUGUCCAUUUUGAACCCCAUUUAAUAUUAUGAACAGUCCUCAUAGCAUAUGACAUAAUAUAAACAUGUUAUUUAAAUGACCUGUUAAAUGUAUCUAAUUUAUGAAUAUGCUGAAUACUUUUGGGAUAUUCUGUCAGGUUAUGAAUACGCAUAAGAUGUUUUGGAAAACGGCAAUAUUACUGAUGUUAAGGUUUGAGUCUAUUGAUUUUGAGUGAGUGUGUCUGUGUGAUUCGAGAUGUAUGACCCUGUAUUACGAGAACCUUAUUCUGCUUUGAUACGGUGAGAAUCUGUUUUCCCUUUCAGUGGCAUUUCUUGUGCUUUUGGUACAGACUUAAUAAUAGGCUACCUAAAGAAUCUAAACAAAUGUAACUUAUUACCUUUUUACUGCUGGUCUCUACUUCAGCUUGUUGGGAAGACCCUUUUCGCUUUUCUUCUUUUAACAAUGUCUUGGUGCUUGCAAGUCAGAUUGAAAAUGUCUUCAGCGACAUUUGCUUACCUUACAGUGCAUUGAGACCCUUUGACUUACAUAGCUAAUGAAAGGGUAGGUUCAGUAAGUGGUGCAUGUGCCAGCAUGCCGAAGUUACUCAUAACUGCUUAGAGCUUAAUUUCCACUCUCAUAUGAUGCAAUGUGUUUGUUCUUAAAUGCAUUUUGAGCUAUGCCUCAGUACCACUAUGUGACGGUAAAAAUAGGCUAACUUUUAAGAGCAGCUACUGUAUAUGCUUUUGUCCAAUAUGGCAUAUAGUGUGUGGAGUAUGCUGCCCUCUGGCUGUGUUGUUCAGGAUGGUGUUUGGCUUUUUAUAGUGCUUGUGCUCAGAAAACAUUGGGGAACUAGUGACCUGUUUAUGAUGAUGAAUAAACAGUCUGGAUUCA